UGUCAGCUGUUGUUUUGUUGUUAUAUUUUCAUAAAAUUUUAGCUUUUAAAGUAUGUAUAUUUACGAUUUGCCGUUUCCUAUAAAUAAAGAACUGUGUAGGCUUCUCGACAAUGAGGACUACUGGAAAGAGUUAGCGGGUGUACACAUGAAAUACUCCGCUUUUGACGUGAACGAAAUUGAACAAGAGGCAAACCGGCAGAAGAUAUCACCGACGGCACAGCUGUUUAAACGCUGGGGGCAGUUAAACCACAAGGUUGAAGAGCUAUUUAUAUUGUUGUACAGAAUGAAACAUGUCCCCGCACUCAACUGUUUGGUGCCAAUCGUAGAUAGUCGCUUCAAGCAGCUCCUUAAUAAACAUAGAACUAAAGAAAAAAAUGGAGAAGAAGAAAAACAGAAGCCCAAAGAGAAUGGCAGCGAACUCUCUGUUCCCCUACCUGUUAUGCUUAUUGAGAAGGGUAUCAAUUCACCCCAGCAUUCUCCGGCGCAGGAGACGUUUCCCUCUGAUACUACAUCCGCCUCAUCUAGGAACUCCACCCAACACGAUGGUCAGCCCAUGGAUGAUGAGUUGGUGCGAAGCGUGGCGGCGAUACCCAUGCUCAAGUAUGAGGAUAUACUGGCAGUCACCAACAACUGGAGCGCCAACAACCUGCUCGGGCGAGGCGGCUUCGGACAGGUAUAUAAAGGAGAAUGGAAACUCCUGCCGGUGGCGGUGAAACGGCUGAGCAACAAGGACAACAACAACCAGGAACUCAUCAGAGAGAUGUGCCCCAACCAGUACCGACAUGACAAUAUACUGCCACUGUAUGGGUACAGCAUUGGUGGUCCGGAGGCGUGUCUGGUGUACCAGCUGAUGUGCGGCGGGUCCCUGGACCAGCGCCUCCGGCGACGGAGCCCCCACCACCCGCUCACCUGGCCGCAACGGUGGAACGUCGCGCUGGGCGUCACCAGAGGCCUCCAAUACCUGCACACUAUGACGGGCACCCCCCUCAUACACGGUGACAUAAAACCCGCCAACAUAUUACUGGACGGGUGCAACAACGCCAAGAUAGCGGACUUCGGCCUGGCGAGGCAGGGGCCGCACGCCGAUGAGAAGACGCAUCUGAAGGUGUCGCGAGUGAACGGCACUCGCCCAUACCUCCCCGACGAGUACCUCAGCUCCCGGCAGCUGUCCCCGGCCGUGGACGUGUUCUCGUUCGGCGUGGUGCUGCUGGAGAUAGCCACCGCCUGCGCCGCCUUCGACCGCACCAGGCGCACCGACCCCCUGCUGCGGGAUUACAUGCACAGCCUGGCCAGGAGCGGGGUGGACUUUGCGACGCUAGAAGACCCAAUCCUUCGCGGCAUUGGCUCCAACCCGGCGCUAUGUCGCGAGGUCGUGGCGUUGGGGCUGACGUGCACCCAUCAGGAGCGCCGCCGCCGCCCCACCAUGCUGCACGUGUACAGGACGCUCGAGGCGCUGCCGGCGAGAACAAACUUGCUUUGAGAAGCCCUACAAAAUACUACGCUUCAACAAACUUAAUUUGAGAAGCCCUACGAAAUACGACUCUUCAACAAACUUGCUUUGAGAAGCCCUACAAAAUACGAGGCUUCAACAAACUUGCUUUGAGAAGCCCUGCAAAAUACGAGGCUUCAACAAACUUGCUUUGAGAAGCCCUGCAAAAUACGAGGCUUCAACAAACUUGCUUUGAGAAGCCCUGCAAAAUACGACGCUUUAACAAACUUGCUUUGAGAAGCCCUGCAAAAUAGGAGGCUUCAACAAACUUGCUUUGAGAAGCCCUGCAAAAUACGAGGCUUCAACAAACUUGCUUUGAGAAGCCCUGCAAAAUACGACGCUUCAACAAACUUGCUUUGGGAAGCCCUGCAAAAUACGACGCUUCAACAAACUUGCGACCACUGGCAAAAUAUGACAAUGCUUCAACAAACUUUCUAACUACCCGCGAAGAUACAAGAAGAAAUUGAGGGGGGGGGGGGGAACGUACUAAUGCUACUGCUUCUCUGUCUGGGGCUGCUGAUGACUAUGCUGAUGCUGUACAGGACCCUGGGUGCCCGUUGAUGAUGAAGUAGCUAAUGAGCUGAAGCUCCACACAGACGCACAGACACACACAGGCAACAUAAAGACAGACACGUCAAA